GGAUUAACCUCCAUAAAUUUUUUUAUUUUUCUCAUUUUACUUUCUUCCAUCACCAUAAUCCCAAUUUCAAGGUUUUGUUCUUCUUCCUUGGUUGCGGAUUAGGCUUUGAUCGCCAUGAAAUCUUGCCAAAGAUGUUUCUGAUAAAUCUGUUCCCAUUUUGCUGUGCACACUUAAAUGGGAAGUUGCUGUUCUAUGUGCUCCGGACAUAAUAGCGACGAGGUUCAUUUUGAGGGUUGUCUUGCCAGUGGAAAUGUGCACCUUAUAAAGACCAUGGAAAGGUGGGAGGCAAAGUUAUCAGAAGCAGUCAAGGAUGGCAAGAUUGUUGUAGCAAAUUUCAGUGCAUCGUGGUGUAGACCUUGUAUAAUGAUUGCACCAGCCUACUGUGAGCUUGCUGACAAGUAUCCUUCUAUCGUAUUUCUAACCUUGGAUGUCGAUGAUCUCGCUGAGUUGAGUACUUCAUGGGAUAUAAAGGCCACUCCAACAUUUAUUUUUCUUAAAGAUGGAAGACAAGUGGACAAACUUGUUGGAAGCAACAAGACAGAGCUCCAGAAGAAGACAGCAGCUGUGGUUCAUUUAGCAACCAAGUCUCAUAGUUGACUCUUUUGUGAUGAUCAUUUUCUUUUCUUUUUUUCUUUUUUUUGGUUGGGAUAUUAAUCUCAUGAAAAUCAAUCUGGUCUCAACAUGUAAUCAAAAUGAUGUCCAUGCCAACUGGUUAUCAAAUCAUUGCAUGGUCAUAUAUCAUCAUAUCAGAUAAUUUUGAGAUCUUCUGUG